CAGGAUGGGCUGUAGCUAGCUGGGUCCCCCUGCCGGUUAUUGGUUAGCCGGGACUUCCCAGGCAGAUCAAAGUAAAAAUAGAGGUUAAAAUGCAUCUAACUACCGUCACGAUUCAAUACUGUUUCUAGCCUACUUGUCCGCUUCUUGCAGUUCAUCUCUAGCCGCAUAGUUGCUACUUUGGGUAGCGCAAUAUCUGUUACAUUUAACCAGGAGGUGUUGGCAUCCAGACUAGCCUACAGCCUAACAUUUUGAGGUGUCGUCAAUUGUUGCAUAACCUGUAACGUUAUUAUUAGCUGUGACUAUUAAUAUUAACUUGCGAUCUGACCAUAGGUACCCGAGUGAUCUUUUUAAUUCGGGAACGCUGUCUGUUUUAUUGUUUUAACUAGUAUUGUCUGUGCAGUCGAUUUACCAAUGGGGAUAAAUAAGACCUAUAUCAGUAUAGGAUACGCUACUGUCGGCUUACUGGUAGGAGUCUCAGCUUUUUUUGUUUGGAAUAUCGCAUAUAAACAACCAUGGACGGCGGCUAUGGGAGGCUUGUCGGGUGUCAUGGCCCUCUGGGCUCUGAUCACACACAUCAUGUACCUUCAGGACUACUGGCGCACUUGGCUAAAGGGUCUCAAGUUCUUCCUGUUCAUCAGUGUCCUCUUCUUCCUGCUGGCUGUUCUGGCUUUCUUCAUCUUCCUCUCCCUCGCCAUCACACACAAACAGGCUGUGACCGACCCCAGGAGCUUCUACCUGACCAGCGUGUGGAGCUUCAUGACGCUGAAGUGGGCUUUCCUGCUCGGCCUCUGCUCGCACAGAUACCGCAAGGAGUUCGCCGACAUCAGCAUCCUCAGCGACUUCUGAGGACAGCACGCAUCGGCAGCGCGUUGGCUACAGGCAGGGGGUGAAUGGGAAGUGUGAUAAGAGAGAGAGUAUGAGAAUACGGGCUAGCAUGGCGGGGAGAUUUGCUUCCUCGCGGUUUCCUGCGGUUAUGCACUGAUCUACUUAUCAGCCGAGGACUCCUUUCUCUAUGUAUUUUAAAGGAUUUUUUAAAAACAAAAUGUAUGAUAUGGUUGUAUGUGCAUCAUGUCCAUUCUCUUGACAUUUUCUCUGCUAUUUGCUUUUCUAAAAACUAAUACAGGGUAUAUAUACAGUGGCCACAUUUCCUGGAAGGACUGACCGUAAACUGUUCAGACUUUUGAGGGGAAACGGUGAAAAGACGCGUAUAUCUUGCCUAUUUUGAGAGCCUGUUACCGCCCAGAUUUGAGUGUUAGGGGCUGCAUAUCACCUUCUGUCGUUAACUGUGCUGUUACCCGGUGUAUUCCUUAGCACUUGGCUUAGUGUGAUUAUUGCUUAAAGCAGGAAUAUUGGCAAUUUCAGGAAUCAUUCCUGGUUUAUGGUAGCCUAUUGCGGUUAUUCUUACCAUUAUCGUCAUUUUCCUGUAUUCGCUCUCGCGUCUUCUGUUGCUGGCGUGUCGACCCUCUUUUGCAGUGUCAGGUAAUUACCACAGGAGGGCGACAGUUCAUGACUUCUUGUCUUUUGCUGGAGUUGGAAUGGAGUGUGUUAGCCGCGUUUGCACAUGUGUAAAAACCUUGAGGCCCAUUGCUUCUACAUGUCGAAAAAGCGUCACUAUGUUUAUGGUCACGUGCACUUUAUUAAUUGUACAUUAAAAUUCUGCAGUAUAGCUCAAACGGUAAUGUUCGGGGAGACACGAACAUUCGGGGAGACACGAGGUGGAUUUAUAAAAUAGUUCAGAAGCUAUGCGUCAAUGUUGAAGACACUCCCAGACGGUGAAUCUCCCGAUGUGUAACAACACGGUACACUGUACACUUUUUAUGCGAAAGCCGACUUUAAGGUGUUGGACAUGAAUGUGCGCGCGGAAGUGCGGUUCCUUGCGAUCCGACGGCUGACGAUUGCUGCUUCACCAAGAGCGUUGAAACGCGACUGAUACAAAGCUGUGCUGGGUCGGUCUAACUUGCAACAGCAGUGGUUUUAACUGAGCUGGGUUUGCAGUGAUUUUGUAACACCGUGAGUACCUACUCAGCCUAUAGUAACUGCUACAGAAAGAUAAGGUGCUGAAUUCCUUUUUUUGUCAUUUAAUUGAAGUAUAAUGGUAAAUGACAGAAGUCUAGGAGUCCUACCUAUCAAACUGUUUGUAUGUUUGUUGACUUGUGUGGUUAGCUAUUGGAGAUAUAUAGAUACAUCUUUUUGCAGGAAUAUAAUUCAACAAACCAUGUUGAUAGAGCUCUUAAGAACAUGCAUGCCAGUAAUGGUUUUGUAAUAUUUUUUGAUUUUAAUGUUAUUUUGUUCAACACAACAAUGUAAUGAUUUUUGAGCGGUUGACAUUUUUUUAAUGCUUUGUUUUCCAAAAUUUUUUUGAAACUCACUUUCCUCUGUGCUGAAGUGAAUCUGCCAUUGAAAUGCCACAUCUGAGCAAUUACAUUCAGGCAUCACAAUUGCGGAGAUGUAUACGUAAUGUUGUGAGUGGGAUGCUAAUAAAAUAUUCUUUUA